AUGUCCGCUGCCACCCUCAACAUCGUCGGCAGCGGUCCCUUCUCCAAUGGGCCCCAGGACUACUCCUCCUCGGUCAAGAGCAUCAAUUACCUCAGCAGCAGUCUGAGCAACAAUAGCAACGGUGGUAUAUCCGGCUCCUUUGGUAUCUCUGACUAUCUCAGCUCAAGCAUCUCCAAGUCCAGUCUGCAAGCCGGUAACAACAACAGCAACAGUGUUCAUAUCGGCAGUCUGACUAGUGGCCUCAGUGGCCUCAGUCUGGCGGCUCAGAAUUACUCUCCAACGACCUCCUCCACUCUGAGCUCGGGUCUCCAUAGCUACAGUGGCAACGGCAACGGCAAUGCUAAUGGGAACGGCAAUAUCACUGUCAAUGGAAGCAGCAACACCAGCAGUACUGGCCAGCAAGAAGAGAUCUCGACCAUCUUUGUCGUUGGCUUUCCGGACGACAUGCAGGAACGAGAGUUCCAAAACAUGUUUGUGUUUACGCCGGGGUUCGAGGCGGCGACACUCAAGAUCCCGAACAAGGACCAGCAGGAGGACGAUGCCCUGACCCUGGGUGUGAAUGGAAUCAACCCUCGCAAGCAGAUUAUUGGAUUUGCAAAGUUCCGCACUCACCAGGAGGCCCUGCAGGCCAUCACCGUGCUUAGCGGACGUAGGGUCGACGCCGAAAAGGGCUCCCUGCUCAAGGCCGAGAUGGCCAAGAAGAACCUUCAUACCCGCAGAGGUCUCUCCAACGAACUGGUUGCCACUUCCGCGGUUGCAAUCAACCCUGCUGCUGCCGCCAUGCCUCCCACACCCAUUGGCAUCAACGGCAACCACAACGGUAUCAGCAACGCAAAGCUGCCCCACCCUCUCCAGCACCGCAACAGUCUCGCUGGGUCCGCCGCCUACGAUGCCUUUCACUCCGUCCCCUGCAGCCCUGCCUUGCCCAGCGACCUUCUCUCCCCGAAGGACUAUCCCAGCAGCUAUGAUUUCUAUGCGGAUGUCUAUGCGCCCAACAGCACGUCCAACCUCAGCUCUUCAGAAUCAUUCGGAGGUCGCCAUCAGAAUUCGAUCCAGCAGCAGCAGUCGGAUCUCUCGUCUUCGUUUCUGGGGCGCCAGAGUGUCUUUGAUAUGAACAGAGUCGACCCCUUGUCGAUGGGUAGUCUGAGCAACAAUGCCGGAGGGCUGGGUGGAUCGAUCGCUGGCUCGUUCCCCAACUCCGUCUCUAACUCUUUCAGCAGCGGUCGUCACAUUGGCCUCGCAAGCUCACAGCGAUUCAACAAGAACUUUUUGGAUCUAGACAACGACACACCGACGACCACUUCAGGAUACCUCUCAAAGUCGAUUCCAGCACACACCGAGCGCGGGUUCAACAGCGUUCUUUUCAACAACGAGGACCUGCCCAACCCCAGGUUCCAGGGACUGCCUAUCAACACCACCGCUGCAGCGGCGUUGAUCUCAGCACCCAUUCCUUCGCCUGGCGUGGCCUCCCCCGGAUUCCGUCCGCCUGUCAAUCCUGGUGACCAAAACCCUCCGUGCAACACGCUUUAUGUCGGAAACCUGCCGAUGAACACGUCUGAGGACGAACUUCGGGCCCUGUUUUCGCGCUGCGUGGGAUACCGCCGCCUGUGCUUCCGUACAAAGUCCAAUGGACCGAUGUGCUUUGUCGAGUUUGAGAACAUCGAGUGUGCGACCCAGGCGCUGAACGAUUUGUAUGGCAACCCACUGAGCAACUCUGUCAAGGGUGGUAUUCGUCUCAGCUACUCGAAGAACCCACUCGGUGUGCGGAACUCGACCCCGUCCCAGCCAAGCGGACUUGGAAACCAGCUUCACAACAUGAACGGCGCCUCGUUUCUGGAUCGCAGGGACAGCAUGACCGCCAUGUUUGAGCAGCAUUAUUAGAGGCCGUGCGUACCAGGUGCAGAUCGUUCUUACUUUAUUUUUCUCUUUUUUUUACACUCUCUUCUCUGCUGAUGAGUGUCAUUUGAGACAUUCUUUUGUUUCCAUCCAUGGCGUUGGGGUCGUUGUGCUUUUUGGACGCAGGCAUAUCUCAUGUGUUCAUCCAUCUUUUUUUUUUUUCUUCUCAUUUUAUAUCCCGUUCGUUCCU